GUUACGCUGGCUCUAGCUCUUCUGGGGCUUCAGACAGCUACCGUCCAUGGUUUGAGGUCAGCACAGGAUGCCGCUCUAAAGGCUGCCGCUGCCUCAGCAGAUCCAGACGUCUGCAAGUCCAAGACAAUCAACUACAUCACCCACACGCUGCCGCAGCAAUGUUUACGGACAGCGUGGACGAGUCCCACCCUCUCUGGGACAGAACUGAUAAGCGCAUCGGCCACUGUAGCCAGGACGACGGCGGCGGCGGCCACAACGACGACAACCCCCGAGACCGCGACCUCGGAAGGCGCCCAGCAAGACCAAGCUGACGACCCCGAUGGCCAGGAUAUUACGGCGAGCUCCUUCAUGUCGUUUGAGGAGUGGAAAGAGAUGAUGUUGCGCAAGUCGGGACAGGAUCCCGCCGAUAUCAAGGGCCGUAAGCAGCGCGAGCCCCGUGGCGGCGAGAGAGAGCCCGGCAUGGCUCAUGGCGACCUGGACAGCCUCGGCGACGACGGAGAAAUUGCUCUUGAAUUCGACGCCCUGGCCGAGAAGGUCUCUGAGCUGACGGCGUCCUCUCCGGGCGGCGAGGCUACUCCGCAGACCGACACCAGGGAACUCAAAGAGGAGCAUAUCCUAUAUGACGACGGAAAAACCCAGUACUACAGAAGUAAGGACGCCGGCAAGACUUGCAAGGAGAGGUUCUCGUACUCGUCGAUUGAUGCCGGCGCCACUGUCCUCAAGACCAACCCCGGCGCCCAGAACUCCAAGGCAAUCCUGGCCGAAAACAAGGACACGUACAUGCUGCUCGAGUGCCGGGCCAAGAACAAGUUUGUUAUUGUCGAGCUCAGCGACGAUAUCCUCGUCGACACUGUUGUCCUGGCGAAUUUUGAGUUCUUCUCCAGCAUGAUCCGCAAGUUUAGGAUCAGUGUUAGUGACCGCUACCCCGUGAAGAUGGACAAAUGGGUAGAUCUGGGCACCUUCGAGGCCCGGAACUCGCGAGAUAUCCAGCCCUUUCUAGUCGAGCACCCUCAGAUCUAUACCAAGUACAUCCGCAUCGAGUUCUUGAGCCACUACGGGAACGAAUUUUACUGUCCCGUGUCGUUGCUGCGUGUCCACGGCACCAGAAUGCUUGACAGCUGGAAAGAACCAGACUCUAACCAAGACGACGACACGGAGCAAAUUGACGCGCCGGUCCAGGAGCCGCUAGCUGAUGACAUUCCUACCCAAGAACCCCCUGCUGAGGACCCUGUCUCGACGAGCGCUACUGGGGACAUUCCCAAUAACCAGACCAUUGUUGAGAUGGGCCUCUCCCCCUGGCGGCCAAUAUUCUUCGAAUUCAUGUCAGCAGAAACUUGUGAACUGCGCUCACCUAAAACGGACGAACCAACCCCUGUAUCGUCAAACUCGAACCAAGACCCGAAUAGCUCUGCCGUCCAUUCGAACCCCGUGGCCAAACAGUCCGCGACGCCUACUGCGGGGCAGGAGACAGCACAGCCCAGUGAAUCAGUCUCGAGUUCUUCACCGUCUCCGUCUUCGUCUUCAGUUUCUGACAUGCCUUCCUCCGUCGAAUCGUCGUAUACUGCCCAUCCAUCUUCAACACCAGUAAACCAAAAUGCCAGCAAGACGGCUAGCCGCUCCUCGUCAUCCUCCUCUUCCGCUGCCGCCAGAACAGCUGCAACAAGUAGCGGUUCGGCCAAUCCUAGUCCGACCACGCCUCGCAGCAAGACCAGUUCGACAGCUUCUAAUGCCGCCUCGGCGUCGCCAACGGUUCAGGAGUCAUUUUUCAAGACUGUCACCAAGCGCCUACAGCACCUCGAGUCCAACACCUCGUUGUCGUUGCAGUAUAUCGAGGAGCAAUCACGCUUCCUACAGGACGUGCUGCUCAAGAUGGAACGUAAGCAGCUCAACCGCGUCGAUACCUUCCUUGACACGCUCAACAAGACUGUAUUCGGCGAGCUCCGCAACGUCCGCACCCAGUACGACCAGAUUUGGCAGAGCACUGUCAUCGCCCUGGAGACGCAGCGCGAGCAGUCGCAGCGCGAGAUGGUCGCCCUGUCGAGCCGCCUCAACGUGCUCGCCGAUGAGGUCGUCUUCCAGAAGCGCAUGGCCAUCCUCCAAAGCAUUCUCUUGCUUAGCUGUCUUGUGCUGGUCAUUUUCAGCCGCAGCAGCGUUGCCAACGGCGGUGGCGUCGGCCCCGGCGCUUCCCCGUUUGACAUCGCUUUCCAAGCCUCUCGCUACGCUCUAUCGUCAUCCUCGCCCUCACCCCACUACCUCUCCUCGCCUGGGGCAGAAACCGGUGGAAGCGCCUCCCGUGCCAACGGCGGCCAAUGCACGCCAUCACCGCGGCAUCAGCACUACCAACAACGCCAGUCGCAGCAGCAGCAGCAACAACAACAACAAAAUUACCAACCAUCUAACGGUCCUCGCCAUAUGCACUCCCGAGGCGAUAAGACGCUACCGCUGACGCCCACGUCCGAGUUCAGCAGGGAGGGCACGCCC